UGCAUAACCAUGUAUCAGCUGUUGUUGUCUGUUAUCAACAACUAAUAGUAAAUAAAGGAAAUUGGUAAAUGCUGGGCGAUGUUGUAUAGUCACAGCGUUUUCUGUUUCCAGUUUAAUUCUAAAGGAUGGACGUAAAACAUUGGGGGGAAAUUGUGAACGAAGAAGAGGCCAAGUACGUUCCAGUUGUUGUCGAAGAUGUCGAAAGAUCCAUGGACCACUAUUGCCUUUCAGAAUAUGAAGCUGAAUAUGAAUGUGGCGUAGAUGAGUCUGACAGAUUAACCUUGGAUACUUUAGGUCCUUAUUUUGGAAGUGCUAUUCAAUUGCACAAACACGCUAUUGACAUAACUGAAACAAUAAGGAUAGCAGAGUUAGCAAUUGAGUCUAAUUUAAUACCACCAGAUGAUGUGGUGCCUCCAAUACCUGAAGGUCCAUGCAUAGAAUCAAAACCCAAAGAAAACUGUCUUAAUUUUAUUCCUGUUGAAGAACCGGAAGAAUAUUCUACUGAUUAUCCAGAGUUGAGCAAUGAGGCUGCAAGACUCAUCUUAAGGAAAUGUGUUGCCAUAAGUUGUGCACAUAUUGGAUAUGAAAAAAGUCAUGAGAGUGUUAUUUUGCUCUUGGCAGAUGCCCUCGAAUUAUUCCUCAAGAAAUUUGGUGCACAAUUGAAAAUUGCUAGUGAAGAAGAUUUAGGUGGCUUUCCAAAUCCAGUUGAGAAAGUUCUUACUGAAUUAGGAAUUGGUGGAAUGAAAAGUCUCGAAGAGUUUUUCCAAAACAGAGUAGUAAAUUACAUUGGAGUUUUGCAAAAGAGAUGCUCUAAUCUUAAUAAUCAUUAUGAAAACUUGCUCUUGCAAAGGAAUCUACCACCAGUUUUGAAAACAGAAAAGAUUGAAGAGGAUGAGAAUGUGGUGGAAAUGCAUUUUCCAACGUUGGAGGGAGAAGCUGGAUUUUCUUCCUUGGAAACUGGUUUCCAAUUAUUGAAUAGUUUAGAAGCUCAGACUAAUUUUAGUUUGAGAAGUAUGGACGACGUGAAUGUUACUACAACUUCGCCAGGUAUAAUAUUGGAAUCGGAUUCGCUAUCACCUUAUGCCAAAAAGAAACGUACCAAGUAAUUAAACUUAAAUUUAACAAAUCUAUUACUAUAAAUAAUUUAUAGUUGUGCAAGUAUAUUUGUAUUUGUU